GUAUCAAGAAGGGAUCAUUAGGUUUAAACUUUUUUUUUUUUGACAUGGAAAGAAUAUAGAAAACUUGUAACUUGCAUCCAUAUGUCAUUAGAUUUAAACUUAUACAUCAUAAUUGUAUUUUAAAUUUUUAGAAAAUUUCCAGGAUUCUAAAUUUUUCCAUUUUUCCAAUUGUGUACACUUUACAAAUCUUGAAUUUAGAAGGUUUCCAAAAUCCAUCAUGCUCUCAACUCUCUAAGAUUUCCCUAUAUAAACCUGCGUCUCAUAGUUAUUACUUCAAAAACUACUCAAAGUUCCAUAAGAAUUGAGAAGUUAGCUGACUUUAGCAACUAAACAAUGAAGAAGGAAGAGGCAACGACCACGAAGACAGAAGCCAAAGAAGCAGGGGCAACAAUUACCGUAAAGUAUGAAGACAUCCAAAAGAAGAGAAAACGAAGAGUAACAAUCUCCGUUAUUGUCGCUGUAGUUGUAAUAGUCGUUCUUGUAUCGCUCAUCUUCAUCUUGAACAAAGUGCGUGUCCCACGGUUCAUGCUUGACGAUGUCUCCCUUGAUCCCAUCUCAAGAUCAAAAGUACUGGUGAAACUCUCAUCGACCAACCCAAGCUCCUCGAGGCUUUACUAUAGCGAGAUGAGCAUACACGUGCGGAUCGAAGAAAUUUUCGAGACAGAGAGGGUUUACUUGCAGAGCACGCUACAAGAGCCACAUGAACGUACGACGUGGACAGGUGUCGUAGCAAGAAAUAAUGUAAACGACAAGCCUGGCGGUACUUUUCAGAUGAGUGAAGGUGAGGAAAACGGGGAUGUUAUUGCAGAGCUAAAGAUCCAAAAGAAGAGUUCGAUGUUUCACCCGAAGAGGACAUUGCGCGUUACGUGUCCGGUUUUGCUCAACUUGAAAGACUUGACGGCAGUAGUUUCUAGACCUAUGUGUACUUGUCAAGUCAUUUAGCUUCUCGUCUUCAUAUUUUACAAGUUCUAUGUCGAAGGUUUUUUACCCUUUUUUUUUUUUCUCUCCAUCUUGUUUCUCUUAUCUCUUUCUGUGUUCUGUGCAAUUUCUUAUUCUCACAAUUAUGUAUCCUCAUCACGACAGUGGUAGAAGAUAAAAGUAGGAUGAAAGAAACCGAACUUAGUCUUUAUAAAAGCCGGUCCUGCUCA